CGGAAGUAAACAUAUGGUAUACACACGUUUUGCGCUAAAUGUAACAACAUUGCAAACGCAUUGGUUUCCUGAUGUAAUUUACCGUUUUAUUGAUGGUUGAGAAUUUAUCAACCUUUCGCCGUUGUCGACAAAUGUUUGGCGUUUCACCACGAAAUAGAUUAUUUAUCGUGAAUACAUUUUUGGUGGACUUUGGAGUUAGUAAAGAGUAUGAAGUCGUUUAAAUCUCCAGGCCGUCAUGGAUAUGCGGUGGAGAUUUCACCUUUUUUGGCUUCUACGAUCGCCUGUGCGUCAUCGCAGUAUUAUGGAAUAGCAGGAUGUGGGACACUGUUUGUGCUGGAGCAGAGAGAGGCAGAUGUUUCACUUGUGAGGAGUUUUGACUGGAAUGAUGGGCUCUUCGAUGUGACAUGGAGCGAGAACAAUGAACAUGUGCUGGUAACGGGAGGAGGUGAUGGAUCUUUGCAGAUCUGGGACACGGCCAACCCCCAAGGUCCUCUGCAGGUGCUGAAAGGGCACACACAAGAGGUGUAUUCAGUAGACUGGAGUCAGACACGGGGGGAACACCUGGUGGUAUCGGGAUCGUGGGAUCACACAGCCAAAGUGUGGGAUCCGGAGCGAUGUCAGUUAGUGAACUCCCUGCAGGGUCAUGAGGGUGUCAUCUACAGCACAAUCUGGUCUCCUCAUAUCCCAGCAUGCUUUGCUUCAGCCUCAGGUAGGAAAAUGAGCUGUAUCUGUCCUUCCAUGAAGUUUGAAAGGAUUGCUGCUAUACUUUUGAAAGUGACAGUGUUGGGAUGCAGAUAUUAGAGUAGACUACAGAUA